GUCCUGGCAGGGCAAAGAAAACGGAAAAAGCAGCGAGCGGAACGGAAAGGAAUGAUAGGAAUGAGCUGGACACCGCUGUUUGUGGUUUCUUUAUAUUCUUAUUGCAUAUUUUUGUUGCGAUAAGUUUCAAAGAGUGGCAGUAUUGGCUAAGCCCCAAAAAUGUUAGUUUAUAUUAGCCUGUCAGGACUCCAAAAUGGGCGGGGAAUCAGGGGCGGGGCGAACAACCGGGAAGCCCACGCCGUUUGAAUAGAGACGUGUGGUGACGGCGGGCAGAAGGGACGUUCAUGACAGCUAUCGGUACCGGCAUCUGAAAUUCAGCUGAGUAGGUCACAUAGGAUCACUUCAAAUGGCAUCAAAGGAUCAAAACAAGGAAAAAGAGGGGGGUCCUAACCUUCCAACAGCUCCUUUCCAAUGGGGAGCCUUCCUGUCUGCAGUGAAAGAUCAGAUUCCUUCAAUGGAUUCUGACACCUUAGUGUCUGAUUGCGAUGAAGAUGAUGGGGAGCUUUUCAUCUUCCAGCGUGAUCAAUCCGACCUGGUUCCUGACUUCUCGGAGGAACUAGAAGACCUUCCUCCAGAAGAAGCACAUUUGCAGAAAACAUUUGAGUUUAUGAGACAUCCAAGAGAGACCUGGAAUGAAGAUGGAGAAGAUUCCGCUUUUCAGAAAGACAAGAGUCCUAGGAGACAUGUGUUACUAGACAGGGACGGAUUUGGUCUUGUGACUGAAGAAAAGUCAAACCAAGAGGCCAUUGCUCCUUCAGUGUCCUCUAUGAAUGAGAAUAAACCAGGAGAGGGAAUCUCAGGGGUCCCCAGAGACCAAGAACGAGAUAUCAGGGAAAAUAAGGGGAGACUUAGCUCUUCACCUGAUACGUUACCAUCUGUGGAAGUGUCACCUUUUUUGAUGCUAAACACCAGUGAAAAAGAACGGAGGAAACUAAUAGAAACUAAAAUUCUCUCCAAGGCGACAUUGGGACCCCCUUCUGGAGAACUAGGUCAUCCCCAACCAAAAAACAAUAACAACAAUUUAGAAAUUGCAGAACAGGAGCCAGGAGCUAUUUCAGCUGAACACCCCCGAGAGCUGAUGCUGUUUGCCUUCAAGGACAUUGAGAAGUGGAAUCUAGACAAGGUACUUCAGGACCUGGAGAAGCAAAGUGGCGAUAGAAAUUGUACAGUGGAAGCUGCUUUUUCUUCAGCGAACCAUGAAGCUGUCAGGGCUCAGUCACAAACAAGGCUCAUGGGAAAGCUAGAAGAGCUAUGCCUCAAGCAGUCAAGGGCAUUUUUCUCACACCGCAGGAGGUGCCUUGCCAAGUUUCCCAACUUCAGUGAGUGCCAGGGAGAUGGGAGAGAUGUACCCAUCCUGGCAUCAUGGACGAACGGCCAAAACCUUCCUCCAAUUGAACUGCAACGUUUUCCAGAGCCGCCAACGGUAUAUAUUGAUCUAAGGGACACAACACCUCAGAGGUCUGAGUCGUUGGCUGAUGAGCAGCAAAGCUCGAGCGGCAGCUCCACAGAUGAGGAGGAGGAGGAGGAAAUGGAAGUGACAGACCGAGAGAAAGUGGAAGAAGGGAUGAAAGAGUUUCCCCAGCCAUCACGCAAGGGUUGCACUGCGAAAAGCUUUCUGCUGCAGCAACUCCGAUACUUUCGCAAGACAUCUCAGUCUUCACCUGUUGCCCAGGACAAGGAAAAGUGCCAGAAUCUCAAGAGCUCAGAAGAAAAUGACCAGCUGGGAGUCAGGAGAAGACAGAGCCUAAAACUGAGGAGACCGACCUCCACGGAGCCAGAGAAUUCAAAAUCUAGUGCAAGAAGCUUCCCUGCUCUGGAUCUUAACAGUGUGGCGAGGAGCUCAAGAGAACUCAAGGAAGAACCCAAGAAAGGGUCAAACAGAGAGACACCUCGAGACUCUGCAGACAAAGACACAGGAUACCCAAGGACAGAAGAAAGCCAAAAAGAAAAGCAGGGAGAAGAGAAGCGCAGGAAACAGAGGCUCAAAGAGCAGCUGGAAAACUUAAAACCUCAGCACUCCACCACUGGAAAGCAGCCCAUGGCAGAACAGACCCCCGUCUUAUUCCAUACGGAGGCCUCAUUCCUUGCCCCUGUCAACACGCUGCCCACCCCAAAAGGCGCCAAAAGAGAGAUGCUGCUCAUGACCAUUUGGUUAUCUAGCUGCGGACAGGUUGCCCCUUGCUGCCAGCAGACCAGCUUCUUUCCCGGAACCCCCUUGGCAGCAGCUAGCAUCUACCCUGCAGUUGUGACCUGGCUCCUGUCUCUGGUACCCUGCCUGGGAGCAAGAGGAGAGAGCAAAGCACCAUUCCAGGUCUUGGGGCUGCAGCAGAUCUGGUAUAAGGAUGGCCUGGCACUCCACGCUUGUUUAACACCAGUCAGCGAGUCGGAAGUCCACAGCAGUCGGAAGCAUGAAAAAGAAAAGGAAAAGCAACAACAAAGCCCAAGCACCUCCUAUUUAAAGCCCAAGAACUCCCUUCAGGGAAUGUCUCUGUUCCAUCAGCAGAGCUCCGUGUUUCUCUCUCAAACGUCUCUCUUGGAUGUUAUCUGGUGGAAAGCACAACUGGACAGUCACAUGCAGAAUCAGUCAUACCCCUUCCUUCCUGAGAUUCCUCCCAUCCACCUCAGCCACUUUGCUACCCUUAACUCAGAUUCCAUGGCGCUGGAGAAGGUCUUUGCUGUGCCAGCUGGGUUUUACUGGCAGACCGUAGAGACGGAUGAAAAAUACUUCCCCAGCGGCAGUGAUAUCAGAGAGAGCAGCGACACGGAUAGUGAGGUUGCCAUGGCACUGCUGUUUGAGACCCUUCUCAGAAGCCCCCUGGCUGUCCAUCACACACUCCAGCUGAUUCUUGCCUCUGGUUUGGAUAUCUGUGGAUUCCGCCUGCUCUACCCACAGCCGGACAUGUUCCUCUCUAGCACAGUAACACCACCGUCUUGUUAUACCCAAGAGAAAGGGCCCUCUGUGCUAGCACUGAGCCUGAGAGGGCAAAGAGCCCGUGGCAUCCUGCAAGAUAUCAUGGGCCCCUCUGACACACAGCUGGCCAGAGUUACGGACUGCCACUCAAUCAGUGCAAUCUAUGGUUCAAGCCGAGCCGAGCCUCUUGCCUACCUCCCUCACAUGGACAGCCGAGUACACAGGGAGCUCUGCUUCUGGUUUGGAGGGAGGGUGAGCUGCGACGGGACGCUUCACGGUGGAGUUCCAAAUCCUGUUGGCAAAUGCAGCAAACCAAGACUUCCUAGGCCUUCACUCCACAAGGCAGAUGCUGACCAAGAACCAAGCAACUUGCAGGACGCUACAGCCUUAUGGCCUCCAGCGGCUCUUGUCUCUACCACCAAAGGAGACAUUAUUUUGAUGGCAUCGCCUGCUGUGCCUCCUCACAUCUAUGGCCUUGUGAUUUCAACCUGCACCCAGAGAGGAUUUGUACUCCAGGGGACCAAACAGCUGCAGCUGUCGCCCAAGCAAGCUCACGUGCUCGGUGUGCCAGCAAGCCAGAUGGCACUGACAGCUGUGGUCAGUGUGGUGUGA